AUGGCCAACUUAAAAAGACGUGCCGAAGAGGCGGCUCCGGCAAAGACGAAUAAGAAGAAACGUAAGAGCAAAUUUGAGGCAGAGGAUGAGUCGCUCAACACUGAGCUCGGCCUCAACAUGCUCUUCUCACGAAUGGACAAUCAGUUACUGGCCGACUACUUGGCGCAGAAAAUUGGCAGAUUUGGCACUGACCUCAGCCCUGUUGAAUUAUCCGACAUUACCGUCUCUGCAAACGCCAUUACAGACUCUACGGGCUUUACGGAGCAGCGGACUCUGGAGAAGCUGCCGGAUUUUCUGGCCAACUUUUGCAAGAAUCCAGACAGCUUGGCCAAGGCGUCUAAAAAGAUGGCCACUCCUCAUUCCAUCAUUGUCACUGGCGCUGGACUACGCGCUGCCGAUAUCGUCAGGGCGGUCAGGAAAUUCGCUUCCAAGGAAAUUGCAGUCGCAAAGCUGUUUGCAAAGCACAUGAAGGUCGAUGAACAAGUGGCUUUCCUAAAAAAGACGCGCGUGAGCAUCGCAGUAGGCACCCCAGCGCGUCUAUCCGAACUCAUCGACAAUGGCGCCUUAUCGCUAGAAGGUCUACAUCGUAUCGUGGUCGACGCUUCGCACAUUGACCAGAAGAAGCGCGGAGUCAUGGACAUGAAGGACACAAUGAUGCCGCUUGCCAAAUUUAUUUCCAAAAAGCAAUUUCAGGAUAGAUAUACCGACGAGGAUAAGCCUUUGUCGUUGUUGUUUUUCUAA